CAAAGUUGGCAGUCGAGGCAACGUUCUCUUGUGUACACUUUUCUGCACUGUGCCAAAGCUCAGGAUUAUUACUGAUCUGUAGUUUUAAUGUACUCCCUAUAGGGCAUUUAUUGGCUGAGCGAUGGACGGUAAAUUCAUCGGUCCAGGUCCUUACAGAGCGACGAAGCUGUGGAAUGAGACCAUUAAGCUCUUCCGUAGUGGUAUGCCACUGAGAAGGCACUGGGCACACUUCCGCUGCUAUGAUUGCAGUUUCACGGGAUCUGAGGCUGUCGAUUAUUUGCACGACCUUCUGCGCCGCAAUUACAAUUUUGGACCAGAGGUGACUCGCUACCAAACACUGCAGUUACUAAAGAAGUUCUUAAAGGCUCAUGUUAUUGAAGAUAUUAAGGGACGUUAUGGCACAGAGGACUUCGAGGACAGUGGUCACCUAUUCAGAUUCCCCACCAUGUCUCCACUGAAAUCUAUUCCUACAAGAUCCCUGUUGCGGGACAGCAAUGACCUGCCCAGACUCAUUCGCUGGGAUGAUUAUGAAGAACUGCCUCAAAAGGAAAACACUGCCCCGUCAAAGCCUGCUGUCUUGACCUCUGAUUUAUGGAAUAAGAGACACAGUGUUGCAAUAGGAGAUGUACACGAGUGCAAGCUUAUAAGGAGAAAAGAGGUAACUCCUAAGCAAGUGGACCACAUCUGGAAAACCAUGACAAUCGCACACUUGCAGAGGGUCCUGGGACUGAAGACACUUGAAGGUGUUCUAAACCCAGAGCAUGUGAAUGGGAAACAUAUAGAGCACAAUGUGACCAAAGUCAAUAAGACAGGUAUAGUGGUGUUGGAUAACAAAGCAGAGGAUAUGCCUUAUUGGGUUGUGUCAGCAAUGAAAUGUCUUGCCAACUGGCCCAAUGGCAACGACUCCAAACAGCCUGUGUACCCGGGUUUUGAGAGAGAUGUUUUGAAAACCGUAGCAGAAUAUUUUCAAAGGCUUAAACAACCUUUACUGACGUUUCAUCUGUAUGAAGUCUUUGUCAACAUUCUGAGUCUGUUGUCUGAUCAGGAGGUUGCAACUGAGGCUCUUCAGAUCAGCUGUUUGUUAUUGCCUCCUCCAAACCGCAGACGGCUUCAGCUCUUACUGCGGCUCAUGGCCCGCGUUUCCCAGAAUCAACAACUGCCACUACUAAAUGACACUAUUCCCACUCGCACUCUGAUGAUACAGAUGUUCUCACAGUGUGUUCUGGGAUCUGUGGAUGAGAUGGACUUGGAUGAACUAUUGUCCACUAAACUGGUGACCUUUAUGAUGGAACACUACAACACCAUUUUUCAAGUGCCACCCAAACUUCGCUCCCAGGUUGAGGAGCACCUGUCCCACCUACGCAGAGUGCAGAUCAAGUACGCUGGCACCGACACAGACUUCAGUGCCUCCCCAGCGUUUUGUAAACAGAUCAGAAGAGUGGAGGCUGAGGAGCCCAGGGUGAUUGGCACACAGACCCCCCUGCAGGAGCUGCUGGAGGGACUCAUCGCAGACAAGGAGCUGCCCAUGCGGGACAAAAGAAAGAGGCUCAAACAGUUCCAGAAGUCUUAUCCGGAGAUCUACCAAAAUCGAUUCCCCACCCAGGAGAGCAAAGCUGCUGUUAUACCUGAGAAAGCCCCUAGAAUUAAACCACAUCAGAUGCUCUUCAACUUCAAAAAAUCAUUCCAGCCCUUUCAAAGGAGCUGGAGUUUCAGAGCAUAGAGCCUCUGCUGUAAACGAAAUAAAUAUAUACUGUUACUGUCAUGUCAGCAAUCUGACUAUGAGUGAACUGGUCACCACGUGUUUAGGAGGAAUUACAUGAAAAUUUAAACUAAUCAACUCAAAGCAAUAAUAAUAUACAUAUAUGUAGCUUGGAAACUUGAAAAAUAAUGAACCACUAAUGUGUUAUAGUAAUAUUUUCCCUUUAAGAGUUAUUUGUAGCUAGCAUGAAUACAUUUCAUGAAUUUGAAGAGGUAACAUAAUGUCUUAUCUGUGGUAGAAGCAUACCAUACUCUUAAUGUGUAUGUUCAUUUCAUAAUAUGUAUUAUUUUUCUCUAUUAUGUGUAAUAUGAUACAUUUUCAUUGACACAAUUGUCAUGACACAUAAACAAACCAGAGCACUGCAUAUCCCCAAAUCUAUUUCAAGUGGGUACAUUGUCAAUACUGUAUUAUACAUUUAUUUGUAAUUUGUGGCUUUGGUCACAGAACAUUUUCUUGUUGAUCAAAGAGUUUUUUUACUGGAUGAUUUUGGCAGCUUGCAGUAUGAUUUAGCACUAUUUUUUUUGUAAGAAACUACUCAAUAAUGAACAUAUCAAGGCAUAUGGGAUUGUCAGUUUGUUUGUUUGUUUGUUUUUUCAAAAAGUGUGGUACUUAAUUUCUGAUCUGAAAUUUUCACUACAAAAACUUUAUAUUGUAUUUUCUUAAAUCCAACAGCACUGAUAUUUCCUUUAUACCUAUUGGUAUUGAUUGGCCCUAUGUCUGCUGUCUAUGCUCGGCUGUCUUAUUAUGUUUUACUCUUUCAGUAGUAUUCGUCUUUGAUUCUUUUUGGUGUAUUAUUCAUGUUUUCACUGUUGUCUCAUCUGAUUCUAAUGUGUGUCAUUCAUUGUUGAAUGGGUCAACCAAUCAACUUUUAUUAUUUUCUACAAUUAUUAAGAAGUUGUUUUUAAUCCAAUGCUGGAAUGCCUGUUACUGUAACUUAAAUUGCUGGAUUUUUAAAAAUAAUGAUGCUGGUAGUAUACAUUUCGUGAAUAGAUUUCUUUGCAUACUUCAAAAAGGGAUGAAAUGUGGCAUUUAACAGGACCCUUGAGCAAUUACUGGUGUAACUGAUGUGGGUCACUACUGUAGAACAGUAAUAAAACAGUUAUCGGUUUA